AUGAAAUAUUACAAAGACGAUGUUUUAAGUAAAUUCACUGCUAAAUUCAAAGAUAGUGAUUUCGAAAAUAAAUUUCAUGUGGAUUUGUAUUCCAAGAGAUUUAAGCUGGUUUAUUUAAUAGCUAUUUAAAUUGUAGUGUAGAAUUCGUCAUUAAUGAUAUUUGUAAAUGGAUAUGAUCUUUAUUAUUUGAUUUAAGUAAUAGCAGCAGCUAUAUUUAUGGUAUUUAUCAGAUAUACACCAAGGAAAUACUCUCAGUAUAUUAUACUUCUUACUUAAAUAUAUACUACUUACUCUAUUUGCAGUGUAAAUUAAAUCAACACAAAUAGACAUCGCGAAAUUUAUUUUCUUAAUGGAAUUGCUUAGGUUAUGUAUUGGAUAGUUGAAUGCCAGAAUUUUUUAGCUGAAUCUCUCUCAAUGUUAAUAAAUUUUGGCAUAAUCACAUAUUACCAAUAAAUACCUUAUAAUUACAGCAUCAAUUACUUUUUAGCAAUAACAAUAAUAUGCUUUUAUAAAUAUUCUCACAAUAUCAACGAUAGAAAAUUGUACCUUGCUCUUAAGAACUUCUAAGAGUGGGAGCGUCUCUCCGAAAAGAUAAUACCUAAUUUAUUUAUUUUACAGUCAUUUGAUUACAGAACUCACCGAAUGAAGGUCUAUGGUAUUUAAAUUAAAUUAAUUAAAAAUGAAAUUUACACUUUAAAUAGAAAAUUUAAUGAAGUAAUUUAUUAAUACCCAAUCUAUCUAUCUAUCUAUCUAUCUAUCUAUCUAUCUAUCUAUCUAUCUAUCUAUCUAUCUAUCUAUCUAUCUAUCUAUCUAUCUAUCUAUAUUUUCAAUAGUAAAUCUUUUUUGCCACAUAUUAAAUUAAUUAACUUCUAAACAAAAAUACAAAUUUUAUCUGAUUAAAAUCUUACACUUUAUCUAUAACUUAAAAAUCCAUAAAUACACUGUCAUUUUUCAUUUUUAAUCAAUCUAAAUAUUAACACAUUAAUACAGUUUUUUGAGGAUAAAAUAAAAUAAUAAAUAACUAAAAAAAAAUUUAUUUAGUUAAUUUAUGAGAAGUAAGAGUUGAUAAUUUUUAUUUUGAAAUAAUAAUUUUCUAAUUUAAAAUAUUAUAUAUUACCAAAUAAAUAUUAACUAUGA